UUUAGUUAUCUGGUUUUCUUUUCAUAUUUUUCUGAUACUAAACAAAGGUGGAGAGGGUAAAGGAAUAAAAGUUAAAAGGAAAUCAUCAUGAAAUGUCAAUUAGUAUUUAUCAGUAAAGGAAUAUUCUAAGAAUGUAAAUCUCAACCUAAAUGACACUUCAAUAUAUUAAAAAUUACUUCGAGAUUCAUAAUAUAAUGAUGAAAAUUAUUUACACUGGUUAUUUAAUUAUAUUAAUUGUCUCUAUUGAAAAUUUUUCUUCUGGAAAACAAUUACUCCAAUCUACAAACGAUAGAACUGCCAUAAAUCGACUUAAUGAUAAAGAGUGGAAACAUGCUCAGAGAGAACAUCAUAAAAUUGUAAAACAGCUAGAAAUUAAAGUUUAUACGGGACAAAAUAUCGAUAAAGCAACAAUGAUUAAUAUUCAAGUGGAUAAGCCAACAAUAAUUUAUCAAUACAUUGACCCUCUGAAACCAUUAGUAAUUUAUAUUCAUGGCUUCCAUGAGCAUCCAUCAAAUGAGAGUAUAAGAACAAUAGUCGGAGCUUACUUAGAACGUGGAACAGAUAAUAUAUUUUUAGCAGAUUGGAGUAACUUAGCGUAUGAUCCGUAUAUAAAAGUUGUCAAAAAUUCUCCAAAAAUAGCUUUGGUAUUUACAAAAAUAUUUGAUCAGCUUAUUGAUCUUGGAUUAGACUUAAAAACGUUUCAUAUAGUUGGUCAUUCGUUAGGGGCUCAGAUAGCUGGAUUUAUCGGCAAGUUUAGUCGAUAUCUGACUCCUAGAAUUACAGGAUUAGAUCCAGCUAAUCCAGGAUUCUACGGGCCAGGAGAGGAACAUAUAGAUGCUGACAGUGCUGAAUUUAUUGAUAUUAUACACACUGAUGGAGGAUUUUAUGGAGCAAUUUCGAACACAGGGACCGUAGAUUUUUUUGCUAAUACAGGAACAAGACCUCAGCCAGGAUGUCCUCUUUUUGGAUUACCUUUAACUCCAGCAGACUUGUGUUCUCACUGGAGGUCAUGGGAAAUUUAUGCGGAAAGCGUAAAUAAUAUUUAUGCAUUUCCUGCAACCGAAUGUUCUUUGUACCGAGAAUUUAUAACCGGAAAAUGUAAACAUAAUCAAGUAGCAUACGUUGGAUAUGCUGCUGUUAGCACUAUACAUGGUUCUUAUUAUUUUUUAACACCUACCUGAAAAGAUGAUUGAGAAACUAUAUUUAUUUGAACUUUAUAAGAUUGGUGAUAGUUAUUAAUUGUCAUUAAAUUCAUUACGAUAAUCAAAUACAAAUUUAUCUCUAUUAUGGAUAUUGUUUACUGUACUAAAGGCCUUGAGAAUGACCUUGCAAGUUUUUGCUGAUGACUGGUUUUGCUCAAUGCGAGACGCCACCAUAUCUUUUGAAUCAUCCAUUAUAUUACUUACAUACUAAUUACAGUUACCCAUAUUCAUUUUUAAUAACUGUUAACAGUUACGUCUUAACGGGUUCAUUAGUAUUCUUUUAUGAGUAUAUAUGAAG